AUGGAUGUUGGUAAAGUUAACUGUGUAUUGGGAUUAGACCCAAAAAGAUAUUCUAGAUGUGAUGUAUUGUUGGAAAUUAAGAAUCUAGUUGAACAAUACAAACAUUCGAGUGAUGCUGAUAUUUCAGAAGCUGGAGUAUUUAGAAGAAUCUUUGCUGCUCCACUGACUGCACAUUCAACAUCGAGACACUUUUCAUUGUUUGUCGAUCAGGAUUUGGUCAACUCUGAUACUCUCAUCAAACAAAUCUACAAGACAUCGUCGAUGGGAAAGGUAUUGGAAUUGGUCUAUGAAAAGUUAUCAAACAUUGCUCUUCAUCCACUUCUCAUCAAGUAUUCUUUGGCCACUGCCAUCAAUCAUGCUCCACAAUUCCAAUCCCUCAAACAACAAGUACCACAAGCUCUAGUCAUUGCUCCAAACCAUGUUUUUUGUGAUCAAACUAUUCCAAAACGUUGGACUAAUCCUGAUGAUUUAUUAAAAUGGUGGAGAGAAGAUCCAAUGUUAAAUUCACAUCAUUGGAAUUGGCAUACUGCUUAUCCAUCGUUUGGUGUUAGUUUGGAUGGUACACCAGCCAAAUUAAAGGAUCGUCAAGGUGAGUUGUUUGUGUUUAUGCAUAGACAAAUGGUUGCCCGUUACGAUUGUGAAAGAACUGCACUUGGUAUCGAAUCCCUUGAUCCAUUCGGUUCAAACACCUACAAAGACAGUUUGGGUGAGAGUUUUGACCCACUCCUAUCCACAUUUGUGUCUCGUCAAAGUGGAUCAGUCAUGAAAGACAAUGUCAAGGGAACUCAUCCCUUUGAUACCAUCUCUUUAGUCGAUCUUGAAAUUUGGAGACAAAGAUUAUUAGAAGCUAUUCAAAAUAGAAAGUUUAAAAAGACUAUUACAGCAUCAGAUGGAUCAAUGAUGACAAGUGAAAUUCCAAUGACAAUUGCAGAUCUUGGAUCAUCACUUGAAGCUACUAUGGGUUCACCAAACAAGGCCUACUAUGGAAACUUGAACAAACAAGCUCAUAAUCUAAUGGCAAGAGUAUCCAAUACAAGAGGUGAUGAACAAAAUAACCUUGGUAUUAUGGGUGAUAUUAUCGGUGCUUUCCGUGACCCAUUGUUUUGGAGAUGGCAUAAACAUCUUGAUGACUUUUUCCAUAGAUUUGAAAUUGCAUCAAUUCCACAUAAACUAGAGGAGACUGCUCCACCACAAUUCAAGGUAUCCAAGGUAUCUGUAAAGAAUGCUUAUGUACCACAACUCUCUACUAAUCCAGUCACCAAAGAAUUGGAAGUAUCCUUGCAACCAAACAAGAAUCCACAAGAAAACUAUUUGUCAACUUAUAUGAAAUCUCAAAUCAUUGAUAUUAAAAAGGAUGGUCAUGUAGUUUCUCAUAAACAAAGUGAAAUUAUUGAUCAUGAAAUUAUUAAUAGUUAUGAUACUUAUAGAUUGUAUCAUGUACCAUUCAACUAUGAGAUUAAUGUUGAAAAUCAAGAUGCAACAUUUAAAAAGGUGGUUGUUAGAGUGUAUGUGGUUGCAAGUGACGAUUAUGGAGAUCGUAGAAAAUGGGUUGCUUUGGAUCAAUUCUACACUACUCUUCCAGAGGGACAAAAGACCUAUACUAUUAGUAGAUCAUCUUCAGAGAGUACUAUUCUCCAAAGAGCAGUCACUGAGGAAUGGCCAGGAAACUGGGAAGGUCUAGAUUCCAACACCCCAUCAACCACCUUGGAAACCUAUUGCAAGUGUGGUCUACCACGUAACCUACUCCUUCCACGUGGUAGCAAGGAAGGUAUGAAGUUUAAGCUCUGCGUUGUAGUGACUGAUGCUCGUCACGAUAUCAUCAUCUACAACGAUGGUACUUCAUCAUGCUGUGAUGGUAACAUCUACUGUGGUACCUAUAACAAGCCAUACCCAUUCCGUCUUGACAUGGGUUUCCCAUUCAACAGAGGUAUUCCAAAUGCUGGAGAUACCGCCGCUGAAAAGAUGGAUGCCUAUCUCAAUCAACCAAAUAUCUAUACCGGUGAUAUUACCAUUCAAUGGAUUGUUCCAAAGGUUGCUGCUGCCUAA